ACAACUGAGCCGUCAUGACAUUACUACGGCUCUGACGUUUGUUGUUAGGAGAGGAUAAAACAAGGUUUUCUUCACUUGGCUUUGAGACUCAGACCAAAUCAUUUGAAGUGUUCCUGUAGUAAAUUUUAAGGAAAUAUUGCAGUGGAGGAGGAUUUAGAAAAGAAGUCUGUCCCAAUUGCUAGUGAUCAGUUGGCCUUGAAAGUUGGAAGUGGAUUCAUUCAAGGAUUGUUUAAUAGUCUCGCACUGAAAACGGUGUCGUGGUGUAUUUUGGAACUGGUUUGAAAUAUUCUUCAGUGCUGUCACCAGAAUUGCUUGAGCAAUGCACUUAUAGCAAAUCAUAAUUGAAAAAUCCUACUCGAUUUCGCGAUGAUCUCUGGAGCAAAAUUCACCAUGUUGCAAAUGUUUCCUGAUGAGGAGCCGAUGAUUAAGACAGAGGAUCUUGAUUUGGAUGCGGAGAGUGACCUAUCGUCGUUAGACCCCCUAAAUGAUAACUCACUAACGUGUCUUUCCCAUAACGGUUAUGAGUUUAAUGAUUUGACGUUUGAGGAGAAUGUCAGUUUGGACGGUCAGUCGAGCGGGUGUCCACCGUCUUAUAGUACGGAUGAUGAGAUUACGGAUGUACUGCCAAAGAGACUGUGCCUCGUCUGCGGGGAUGUUGCUAGCGGUUAUCACUAUGGAGUAGCAUCCUGUGAGGCGUGCAAGGCGUUCUUCAAAAGGACUGUACAAGGUAACAUAGACUACUCAUGUCCAGCCAAUAGCAGCUGUGAAAUCAACAAACAGAGAAGAAAAGCUUGUCAGUCAUGUCGAUUUCAGAAAUGCCUACGAGUUGGCAUGUUAAAAGAAGGUGUGCGUUUAGAUCGUGUGCGGGGCGGCCGUCAGAAAUAUCAUCACCGAAUUGAUGUGACUCAUCCGACUUACUACCCACUGCCCACUCUCCCCCAGAAGAGGCCGCGAACAGAGGGUAAGAUACAGAAGAACAAACUUCUCCAGUCGUUAUUGAGCAAUGAGAACCAAGUGAUAGCUGUGAAGGCAGAUCCCGACGACGACUUGCCUGUCGAUAAGCUCAAAUUUUUCAUCACCCUGUCCCGAUUGGCUGAUAGAGAACUCGUCAAUAUGAUCAGCUGGGCUAAACAGUUCCCAGGUUUCACAACGUUAUCACUGUCCGACCAAAUGAACCUUCUCCAGAACGCCUGGAUGGAAAUCUUCAGCCUCAACGUUUUCUACCGAUCCGUACCAUUCAAAGGACUGCUAUGUUACGCCAGUGAUUUCAAACUUACCAAAGACGAGGCACUGGAGUACAAAUCACCCGAAGAACUGGACGAACUGUCGAGAAAUAUAUGCAAGAAACUAACAACUAUGUCGUAUACCAAAGAAGAGCAUGUCCUCUUAAAAGGCUUAGUACUAUUUAAUGCAGAUGCAAAGAACCUAGACAAUUAUGAGGGUAUCCAAAAAAUCCAGGACCAAGUGCAUGAUUGUCUUAUAGACUACAUCGCCAACAACUAUGCCGAUCAGAAGCGCCUAGGUCAUCUUCUCAUGAUACUUCCAUUAGUCAAGCAGCAGAAACUAAUCGCUCGGAGCUUCUGGGCGGACGUGAAGCAAGACGGCCGCGUACGCAUGCAGAAAUUAGUCUCGGAGAUGUUGGACUCUAUAUUGGCUGGGCCAAUCGUUGUAUGAGGAUUGAAGAUGUAUACAGCACGUUACAAAAUAUGUUGCUCUAGUUAGGACUGUUGAGUGAUUUUGGGGCACGCUGUAUAUUGCAAUGGACUAUCUACAUCCUGACUCCAUUGGAGGCAUUUAGUCAUGCAUCCUUUGAUUGACCUCUACACCCCCAGUUUCCUAAAUGGACAGUUCCAAUGCAUUAACGAGAAGAGUCCAAACAGGGAAUUGGGGGUGAAUUGGUCAAUAGGUGGUGUUCUUAGCACCAUUAGCACAUCCUUAUCUCACUGUUGUUGGUACAUCAUUCAUCAAAAAAUCAUCUGAAGUACAAUAUUUGUUGACAAGUAUCCAAAUUGCCUCUCACAAUUACCUCAAUCAACCCCAGACUUGGGCAGACAAUAUCUUAAGACCUCAUUAGUUGUGUGUGGAGAAAUAUUUGAAGAAACUUUGAUCAUUUCAACCAUCCCAACAAAAUUUCUUCAAUUUGUUCAAGUAUACUUCGUCAGGUCUAGCAGACAUUGUUGCUCGAGAUCUCAAAUGGAGACAAGGGGGCUUGAAUGAGGUGUCAUAGUGAAGGUUUUUUGUUUGUUCAUGCACACAUUUUAAAGGCUUGGGGAUUAAUUUGACUUCUCUAUGGUUGGAGUGUUGGAGUUUGGGUUGCAGUUCUUCUGAAGGUAACCCUUAGCCGAAUCAGAGUCAUAGAAAUGUCAAAUUUGUGUCCUAUUUUCAUCUCAGGGCUUGUUAGAUCAAGGCAGACGCAGCUCUUGUCUGGUCCUGUUUUGUCUGUUUGAACAUCCUCAGAUUGUUGUCAUCAGAAUAUUGUGUGCAUUCUUCAUUGUUACUGUCUAUGCUUUCUGUUGAAACUAUGUUUGAGCAGACGAUCGGCUCUGCUGAAGCCGUUUUUGAGCAGAAAAAUGGUUCUGCUUGAACUUUAACCCAGAAAAUUCAAGCCGAGAAAAUGAACUGUUGCUUUGUAGAAUGUUAGCAGGUUCAUAAAGAGACACUAGAACUUGGAUCAUAGUGAAUCAUAGUUGCUGAACAUUUUGAUGCAAAUUAGAGCUGCAGGCAGUAAAAACCACAAGGAGUUGGUCAUUCUCCUGAGUCCGAACCAUAGUUAUGUGAUAUUAUCCCUCUGUCAACAACUGUGCUAAAGUAGAUUGUGAUAAUCCUAUGAAAACUAAAACUGAAUCUUGAUCUAAAUGAACCUAAUACUGUUAAUUUUUGCCGAUUAACUAACCUGAUCACUGUAGCUGCUGUACAUUUGUGUAAUUCUUACACUCAAGCCACCCCUCUUAUAGAUAAGGCAAAGUAUUCUGGGGGUCUUUGGAGCCCAGUUGUUAUGCUAAGUUAUUGUGAUAAAAUACCAUGUGCUCUCACUUGCUGCAGUAUGUGACAUAUUGUCGUACUUCACCUAGUUUGUGAUUUAGAACAGUAGAUUUGUGGUAUCUUGUCUCCAGUUUGAUAGUCAGUAGUUGGUAGCAGCAGUGAAAAGAUUGUCUCGUCUUCCAGUGCAUUUGUAUGCUUUGUCAACUAGGUAUACCAUCGUUUAAGGAAUUCGUACUGAACUGGAAGCACUGAGAGUUGGGUGAAACGACAACUCCCCUCAUGUGUUGUUUGGUGAGACAAUCAAUACCAACAAUGAGGUAUCAGUAUCUAUCCUAAAACACCUCAAACAAUACAAUGUGAUCUAAUCUGCUUUUAAUGGCGGUUUUCACUGCUUCUGAAUAACAUACCUACCAAAGUGAUAAUCCACGCUGCAUUUGUUGAUUUCCCAACGCUUGUGUCAGGUCUCCCUCCGAAGUGUUACUGUGAAAACGGGGGCCCGAUUGUAUUGCAAACUGUCCAUUGUCAUUUUAAACCAUACCGAGUCCAGUGAUUCCACUUGUUAUAGGGCUCUUUCAUGACUUGUUAAUGGGGCCUAUUUAGUCACCCAUGAUACUGCAUGUAGGUGAGGUGUCGACACUCGUCUGAAGCAUGUUUCAGGGCCUGUCUCAUGUUAGGUGUGUCCCUCAGCUGAGUGUGAUAACUGUUCCAAUGUCGUGUUCAAUAAGGAAGCUAAAUGACUGACCAUAACCAACAAAUUGUUACAGAUGAGAAAUCAGCCUGGAGACUUUGCUGUAUAUUUUGCAUUUUGGAAUGCAUGUUGGCGGUCAGAUUCACCUUUGAGAUGGAGCACGACUCUUGUUUGUCCAACCUGAUGUGUGAGUUUAUUCUAAUGAUGUUAUCUUUUAUACUUGUUAAGCUAUUGGGCACCAUCUCCAAAUUCACAUCCUGCCAAAGUCAAGAAAAGAAGACGAGCUGUUUUAGAAAGUGAAAUGAGUCUUGAGAGGUUCGAACUCUAAUAUCAAAAUAACUUAAAUAUUUUGGCAACUUAGUCAAGAAGUCCAGAAUAUGAAACCACAUCACUUCAUGUUCUAUUUUUGGCUAGCUGUGACUUUUGAAAUGGUUUCCAAGUGUGUUGUUAGGUGGACGUCAUUUCUCAGUAUUAUUGUUUCUACAGAUCAACACCAGAUGGCGCUGCGUAGUUAUACUAAGAUCGGGCAUUGAUAUCAUACCAGUACUACAUGUAUUACGCAUGUAUUAUUUCCUAUGAUCACAGUUCAUUAUCACAAUCAUUGAGUUCGAAAUAGGGUACUCCUGUUAGAUCGCAGGUGUGAACAUUUACCUCAAGUGGACUUAUGGCGAUCUCUGUUGCAAAGAGCUGGGCAAAACAAAUAAAACAUAUUGUCCCUCAAAAUAAAGAAUUCUCAAAUCCUGUGACAUUGGCUUUCACAUAGAAGAUCUCAAUAUUAAGCACUUCUGAUGGAUAUAUUUGUGUCACGAUAUAUUUUAUUGUAAAAUCUCUGGAAUGUUGGCACUUGUUUACUUCCACCUAUCCUCAUUAAUGUUGUCUUGUGUAAACUUAUCAUCAUGUGCACAGGUUGUUGCCUAACACCAACUGGUUAUCAACCUGAUCACCAAGCAGACGAUAUAUUCAGAUUUCCAAUGUCAUCAUACUAAAUGAAAGGGUUAUUGUUUUAAUACGCCCUGGGCUGCUGACAAAUGUUUUCCUACCCUGGCUGGCCCAUGUUAUCAUCAGCUAAACUGGCAGUGCCAUAAGCUCUAGAUAUAUGCCAUUGACUGGCAAAUGAAAUCGUUAACUUCCCCGUAUACACAAUCAAAGUUGUAUAUCUCCAAAGUGGGUUAUGGUUACUUUCUAUUGAAGUUUAAAUUAAGCGUGUUAAAGGGACAUUGUAUGGCCAGCCAUAAUUGUGACCCAAAUCAUUUGCCACUGUACAUAGAAGUGUAUCACUGCAGGUCCUGCAGGCACGAUUUCACGACUUUGAGUAAGAUGUAUAAGUUUUUCAUUUCGUUUAACAGCGGCAAGGUGUCCACGAUCAGGAAGAUAAUAACUUGCACCCUGUCAUCCCUCCACAACCUCACCAACUUACUGUGAUUCAAAUAAGGUCAUUGCACCAUCUGAUCUCAUCUUAGCUCAAUAAUGUCAUUAUGCAUCAAUUCAUUGUCUUCUCACUAUCGACACCGAGCACUGUCUGCUAUGAAGAUCAUGAUUCUGACCAUUCUUACAUGCUAACUUUUGUGUUCGAUAAAUUGGCUCUUGUUAAAAUUUUGAAUUUUUCUAUGGGCAAAAUCUAACUAAACACCUUGUGUCUUCUGACACAACCCAAUCAAAUUUGUUUGGGGUCACCACUGAUGACACAGAAUUGGGUUCAGAAUAGUGAUUUAAAUGGCAUUCAGGUGAAAAAAGCUAGUAAAGGUAAUAAUGAGGCUAAUUCAAGAUGAACUGAAGGCUAUGAGGUUUUGUUUGUGGAAUCUGUAGAACGGCUAGGGAAGGGUUAAAUUUCGGUGGCAGGAAUUAGUUUGGAGUAAAAUGUAAUAUACAUGUAUUCAGAUGGUAAGGGUGAAGGAUUUUCAUAGCUGAUUGACGUAAUAUGAAUGACAUGAAGCAUGGUGAUGGUUAAAUGCCUAUUCUGUUCGUUUAAAGGUUUGAAAUUAAAUUCGGAAAUUUCCAAUAGUGUAAAUAUGUACUGGAUAUGAAUUUCAACAGUGCCAUCAUGUAGACUGAUAUUCAAAUACUGUAAAUGCAAUGCUGUGUUUGUUUCUAUUACCUGAGAAUUAAGAAAAUACAGUGAAAAUGAGCAGCUUAGGCCUUUAAGAAAGCCAACUCAGUUGAUCUUUAAUUUGCCAUUUGAUAAAUGAUCUCAAAGAAUUUUGUGUGAACUUUACUGGUGUUUGUUGUUGUUUGCAAAUGUAAGAUUCCGUGAAUCGUGUCACAACCGUGGGACUCUGCUGCUGUCUGUUUUUGGCCUUUGGUGAACUUGGCAGCUCAGUGUACAAUAGCUAGAAUUGGUGAUAAAAUGUGACCCACCACACCAAAUCAAGUAGUAAAUCACAGACCUUGAAGUAGCGACUGAUUAUGAAACUGCUGUCUGUUUUUGGCCUUUGGUGAACUUGGCAGCUCAAUGUACAAUAGCAAGAAUUGGUGAUGAAAUGUGACCCACCACACCAAAUCAAGUAGUAAAUCACAGACCUUGAAGUAGCGACUGAUUAUGAAACACAGAAGUGUUCUCCUAGUACAAUUGUCAUGCAUUAUGACCCGAAAGCUCUGUCCUCGGAUACCAGAGUCAAUCGUAUGCUCCUCCCCUUGCACAUGUAACUGAGUUCGGGAAUAGGGGGUUUAAGACAGCAUCAGAGUUCCUUGGCAUAUAACUUUUAAAACUUCAUUUUGGAUAGUGAAUUUCAUUCAUUUGUGGUGAUUCUUGGUUUCCAAGUAGUCUAGGUUUUAUAUUCGCUAGGAAAUAUAAAGUAUAUGUGGUUCGUUUAUUGAUCACUGGAGCCAAAUUUGAUUAGCGUUUUGUGUUAGAAUCCUAUCUUUUGAAUAGGAUGAUGUACUUUGAGGCCUGAGGUGUACAUAAUGUCAAGAUUUUAAGUAGUCUAUCCGUCACAUUGUGAGACGUUGGUGUUACCCCGGUUAAGGUUUGUUUUAAGUCAUCUUGAUUACGUGCAUGUUAUAAAGCUAUGGAGAUUCAUCUACCGGUAUUCUGGUGAAUGAUAAUUUGGAGGGUUUAUGACUUGAUAAUUGUUUUGAUAAUAGCUGCUGCUUGUCAUCGAGCUAUAAACUGUCUAGGUUAUGUGCGUGUUGUUCGUAAACGUCAUGUAGGUAUUGCAGGAUCUCGGAUUUCUGUGAAGCCUUUCCUAUUCCUUUAUGGGAGGCAUGUUGGAAUUUCAGUCUUUUAUUGCCAAACCAACCAUAAUCUUACAACCAACAGAAAAAGCAGUGAAUAGCAUAUGGAUAGCAUAAUUUCGACUAUUACACCUAUUAAAUUUUAAAAAAAACAAUGUUUGCUGUUUUGAAUAGAGUGUAGGUUUAAAUAAACAAAUGCAACGACUCUUUUGAAUAGAAAAAUUUGAUGCCCUUCACAGAAUUCUGAUGUUGCGCUUGAGUUUAUAUCUUUACCUGGUCUUUCCUAAAGCACUGCGACUUGGCAUACGUACAUUUAUUAGUUCUGCAGAAAAUAGACACAUGCGUAAUAGUACGUAAAAUGUAAAAAAAUCAUAAGAAAAAAAUAUUUAUAUGUGUAUGAAAAUUUGAUUGGUGCAGCAUCAUAUCUAUACAGAAAGUGUAUAAUAUGUAUUUUUUCUAAGUAAAAUAGGCAUUUAUUGGAUGUCACUCUAUAUCCGUAUGUAUAUAGAAUAACUUAGAUGCCCUCCCAUGGAGAGGCAGAAUAACUGGUCAAAGUAGGAUUUUUGUAAGAAUGUAGAAAUGUACAUAAUGCAGUUUAGUCAUCAAAAUCUUGACAUAUUAUCAUAUUCUGUUAGGUUGUCUCUGAGGCUUUGAAUCAGGAACUUUUAGUUCAAUCUCAAAAAAACGCCGUCGAGAUGAAAACAAGUGAAGGGCAGUUGGUUAUCAGUACAUGACGUCUGCUGUCUUAAAUAGUGAGGUGUCCUGAUUACACAAGUCAAAUUGAUUGAGUAUCAACAAAGUCAGACCAUGAAUCAGUGUCCUUUAUACAGAGGGUGUCCAGCUCAAAGAUUUAUUCCUCUAUAAACACAUAUAGCAUUUUGCAUCUAUCCUAAUAGAAGGAUGGCAGACAUUAUAAUCUAUGCUUAUGAGCUGGCGCCAAAUUGUGAAUAGCUUAACACCUUCAGCGUCGAACUACGUAGAUCUACGUGGCCCAAAUGAAAUCCCCUCCCAUUUGAGCUGGUUGUCGGAGUCGCAUGGAAGAACUACGCCAUCGCCAUCUUCAGGGCAAGGUAGGAACUGAAAGGUAGGAACUGAAAACACCGUUUGGUCUUUUCAGUUCCUUCCUUGCCCUGAAGAUGGCGAUGGCGUAGUUCUUCCAUGCGACUCCGACAACCAGUUCAAAGGGAGGGGGAUUUGGGCUACGGAGAUCUACGUGGUUCGGCGCUGAAGGUGAGAACGAUUCCAUGCCUGCCUCAGAGACAAACUUACUGUCAACAUAAACAUCACACCCAAAGCUUUCUUCAGUUAAAGUGUCAUCUGCUUCACGAAAUAUACUCUUUCGCCAAUUUUUCAUCAAAGACGUCAAACACAAGGCAACAUUACAUGACACCAAACGAACCUGGAUUGAGUUACAUAGAGUUCUCGCAGAUUGACCUGUUACUGGCUUUGAAUGCUAUUGGUGCUACCAUUGGCAAUGCCAUCAUGCCAAAAAAAAGUGCCAAUACCGAGGCUGACUAUAAAGUUCUGAACUAAACUGUUAUUGAACACAUUCCAUCAUUACAAUUACCUGUACCUAUUAUGAAAGAAUCCUUUCAAAGCUGCUUUAGAUAUACCAGUUGAUAUCUGUGACAUGUGUGUUAGAUAUAUUGGGUUCUGGUAGUGCCUGGGCUUGAGAUUUUGAAAUAGUACAAAGAAAUGUACACAAAACAAUGUUGACACAAUUCAUGUUUUAACCUUCGAGAAAAUGGCAGUCAAUUUAUUGAUAUAUACCAAGAUGAAGAAUAUACAUAGCCAUUCUGUUUAUCAAAGAAAAGAUUUACUCAUUGGACUUACUAAAUGUCUAUUCAGAUAAAAAUAUCUAUUCAAGUAAAACUUAACUCAUCUGACACGAAAGGAACAUUUCAGAUAAGAAAUCACCUUUUCAGACAUAAAGUCAACUACAUGUAUUCAUCAUGCAUUAUUUUACUUUGAAAUUAUUCAUCACUGAUUGUUCAUCGAUUGGCACCUUUGGCGCCACCUAUUAACCUUUGUUGUUACUGAUCUUUCAAGAAAUUUUGAAGUACUUGCUUGUAUAUUGUGUAUAAUUCGUGCUGUUGGUAGAACUGUGUGGACAUAUUUAUUCAAUUGGUGAUUUUAGUAUUGAACAAAUUAGGUGAUUUGACAGUUUUGAGUUAUGUAAUUUAGUGCGAGGAACUCCCUGGAAUUUGGACACCUUGCUGAGGAUUUUAUUUUUUGUGCUAACAAAGCUUUAUGUAAAUGUAAUAUCAUAUUUAUUUUGUGAUUUCUUCCACUGAUUAUUCAAUUUUAUUUACCAGUAUUGUUGUUAAAGAUUUUAGUUUGUAUGAAUGUUCUCUAGUGACAACCGCUUGAAAUCAAGACUGGUCAUUUUGUUGCUGUGUGUUAGCACGUUGAGAUAUUAAUUUGCUCAUAACCCUGGUUUUAGUAUCAAUGCCCCCACAAACGGUCGAAUAGUUGACCCAAUUUUUCUGGAAAUGCCAAUUGUAGGUCAAGUGCUUGAAUAUAAUAGCCCACAUUUAAGAGAUACUGAGAAAGUUGGAUGAAAAAUAUGAUCGGAUGAAGCGGUUUUUGUGCUUGAGAAUUUUCUUAAGAUGAUCAAGGAAGCUUACCCAAGUGCCAUUUCAAAGACUGUUACUAUAUCAAGUACUCGAUAUGCAUGCUUUAAUAGGAUUUAGAUAAAUUGAACAUUUCGAUGUUGAAUUGAUUUGUUGUUUCAUGUCUUCUGCUAAUUUAUUCAAGACAAACAAAAAUUUAUUUUUAGUGGGACAAUCUGGUAUGAAGGUUUGUCUGUAGUUUUAAUAAUCGCAGUGAUGGUUAAAUUUUGUUCACAUUUGUUCUUAAAGUGAUCUUAUCCUGGCUUUCUGGGUGUGCCAUUGUCAGAUUUGGGAUGAAUAGAUAUUCUUACCAAACAGUCACUAUCAAUUGGUUUGUUGUGUUUGCGUCAAUGAAGCAGCUAUAUUUGACUUUCCCUGGCCUUUUAUUAAAGGAACACAAAAUAGGGUGUCAAUUUCAGAGCCAAAUAGACUUUCAUAGAAUAUUUUCAUGCCUGGAGAAGACCACUUUAAGUAACUAACCAAUCAUCAUAUGAAUUUAAAAAACUUCUUAUUAUUGUGUGUCAUGUUGUACCUUUGUCUUGUUUUAAAGAGAGAGAACAUUGUCAGUGUAAGUUUUUCAUUUCGUUUAACAGCGGCAAGGUGUCCACAUUAAUGUUGAGUUGCCUCAUUAGCUAGGGGACGGAGUGCUAGUUAAUUGUUCUCAAAGAGAGCACAAAGUAAAUGUGUAUAAUUUCUAGAUGUGUGUUUGUGUGUUCUAAUCAAUGUACUUGUGCAGGUUAACGAUUCUGAUGCAGUUACUUGCCUCAGGUUGACUGUAGGCCACCAUACAUUUGCAAAACGUUUUGUGAAAAUGUACUUGUGACCUUUUGUCAGGUUGGGGUGAGUUGGUCUGAUGGUUUGGCGGGUAUUCGAAGGAUGAAAUCAUGCUGUUUUGCUCAAGUCGGGUCCUCUGGUGAUGGGUACUGUACGAUAUUUUCCUUUCCCACCUACAUACAUGUAUGGACACCUCAUUCAGCUAUCAGUAUUAAAAUCUAUUCUCAUCGAGUUAAACUUAGAGCUGUUGUACUAGUACAGCUGACCAUUUUACUCGGUGAAAUCCCCGUUCAAAAUUGGGAUCAGUUAUAAGAUUUAAGGAAAUGGUCCAUCGAUCCAGCUCAGAGUAAAACAGCAUCUUUCACUGUGGUUUUUGGUUUCUAAGGUAUCUUGUUCUAUCGGAAGUUUCUCACGCAAAUAGUAACGAAUGUCUUUGGAGUACUUUCCAGCCUUUAGUAGAGAGUCGAUCAGAACAGUGUUGCUUCAUGUGACCACAUGACAGGCUGUGCUAGAAAAUAGAUCUUUUAUACCAUCAUGUAUUUUCAGUAUUAUGAAAAUCAAUAACAUCAUAACAUCUCUUCAUUGGCUUAUGCACUGAUUUUACACUUUUUAAGAAAAUGAAAAAUGUUGCCUGUGAUCACAACCGACUCAGCAGUGAGUUAGUGACUGUGAGAGAGAACACUAAUACAAUGGGUACACUGAAAAACCCAUCACUUCAAAAUGAUGAAGCGAUGGGUUUUUAAUGAAAUUUUGGAUAUACACUGCUUGAGACUACAUCCACAAAGCAUGAUUGAGGUGUGACUAGAAAUUCAUGCAAAAUUGUAUAAAUAGUGUUGUUAACUUAUGAUUAUAAGCAUCAAAUUCCUUGUUAAUGAGAAUGAGAACAUCAGAUUCAAUCUGUCAUAUUGCAACUGACGUAUUAGGAGGUGUUCAGCUACACAUGAUGUUUUAGUCGCAACCAAUUCGCUAGUUUCAAGAGCAAGGUGCAGCCUCAAAAAAGUUGUAAACACCAAUCCCUUGUCUAGCUGUUCCAUCAUUGACAUACAUGUAGUAUGCAGAAAGGUGCCGUUUAAGCUAAUGAAACCAGUUGAAUUUAGCGAUAAAUAAGUCUCAUAUUAUUGUUAUUAUUAUUGACUCCACCAUGUGGCACUAUGUUGAAUCGAAGCAGCGUAAUGACUGUUAUAAAACAUGCAAUGUUCCUUCGAACCUGUCCUGUUAUCAUGAUGUUAAUACAUAAUUCAGUAUCACUGAACUGUGAAUAUGAGUGCUGAUUGUGAUAUUUUAGGCAAAUAAAGACAGAUUUUCUA